GCUGUCAUGUCGCACCAAGUGCACCAAAAAAACAGGUUCUAGAAAAUACAAAACGUUUCCCUGUUCAGUAGCAGCAGCUGUUCGAUCAAAAUACGCACGGGAAACAACAGUGACUAAUUAGGCCAGUUCUAUCCGUUCGUCUAGUAAGUGCGUGCGAAACAAACAUAUACGAACCAAAUGGCAAAGGUAAAAUACGACUGGUAUCAAACAGAUACUGCCGUCACGGUGACGGUUUUGUUAAAAAAUGCUUCCGAAAAGAACUACUCCGUCCAGUUGGAGCAAAACACGCUCACCCUGCAGGCCGACGGUAUUGAACCGAUUGCGCUAAAUCUUUGGAAUCCGAUCAACGUUGAGCAGAGUGUACACAAAGCAACCCCAAGCAAGGUGGAAAUAAAGCUCGCCAAACUUAUCGCCCAGCGUUGGGAAGCACUAGAACGGAAGGUAUCAACCGAAGAGCCACAAUCUACAUCGACCGCUGCAGCCACAAAGAAAUUGCACGAUUGGGAUAAGAUAUCGAAGGAAAUCGAAAAUGAUGAUGAGACGAAGGACGACGUCAGCGCACUGUUCAAAAAGAUUUUUGCCGAUGCCAGCGAGGACACGCGGAAGGCGAUGAUGAAGUCUUACUACGAAUCGGGCGGCACCGUGCUCAGUACCAACUGGGCGGAAGUUGGUGCCAAACCGGUACAAGUUAGACCACCGGAUGGGUGUGAAUUUAAAAAGUGGGAAUAGGCAAUACCGAUUGGCAACCGAAACCGUUUUUCUUUCAUCGCUUCGUAAACGAUAAGCACUUUUUUUCGAUUGUUUCCUCACCCGAAUUGAAGUGUGUAUGCUCAUAUUAAUUUAAUCUCUGAUGUGGCCACGAGUGCAAUCCAAAAUUAUUGCCCUAACUGUACGCUGCCCGCUUUGGAAAGAACAUUUUAAGUGUGUUUUUGUAGUACUGAUCGGCAAGCUCGACCGCUGGCUUUCCUUUGAUACCUGCAAGCACUUCCAGUACUUGGCUAGAAAUAGAAAUUACAAAAUUAAAAA